UGAGCAGGACUAGGGGCUCCACAGUAAAUUAAACCGAUGAGAGCUGCCCUAAACAACAGUAUACAAGGCAUAUUGACAUUAGAGAGAGGCAUAAAGCAAUCACAGGUGUUGAUUGGGAGAGCUGAGACAACAACGGUGAGACAAACAACGGGUCAACAGCUAAGACCACAACAACGGGUAAAUGGCGAUUUAAAUGGUGCAGAGAGGGUCAGUUAGCUACACACAGGGCCUGAUUUCGAGGCUGUGGCCGACAGAUACACAAAAUGAGGUACAGUGUUAAUGAACAGUCCAGCAGGCAUCAGCUGUGUAGCCGAGUGAUCAUUGGGUCCAAUGAGCAGCAAUAGAUGAAGCGGAGCUGUUCGGUAGUCGAUUACUACGCUAGGCGAGCGGGAGACAGUGUUCAGGAAGUGAGCGGGCCAGUUGUGAUGGAUUGGCAGGGCUCCGUGUUGACAAAGGGUCCAGGCCAAAUUGGCAAGAGAGGUAUUGUAGUUGGUGUACUUCGUUUGCUAGCCGGGAGAUGGGCCUAGCUCGAGGCUAGCUCGAGGCUAACUGGUGUAUGCUUCUGAACAAGGGCGUUAGCCACAAUAGCCACUCGGUAACCCUAACCCUAGAUGCGAAGAUCCGGUGUAAUGGUCUAGAGCUUGCGGCAGGAAUCCGGUGAUGUAGUGGGGGAAAAAAGCAAUCUGAUAUGCUCAGGGCUGAUAUCGCGCUGUGCAGACUGGCAGGUAUUAUCCGGGCUAAAGCGGCUGGUGUCCGUGCUAAAGGUAAAGACCGCUAGCACUGGCUAACAAUGACUAAAUAGCUAGUAGCUAAUUAGCUGGCUAACUUCUGAUGGAGGUUCCAUUUAAAAGUUCUAAAAAAUAUCAGAUCUUUACCACAUUGGUUGAGGCGGGUUGCAGGAAGGUAUAUUUAAUUUGAAAAUGGAAAAAAAGACAUUGAAAUGUAUACAACAAAAAUGAAAAAGACUGAAUAUUUACAUGGGACAAUAACAAAAACAUCUUACUGCCUCGCCAUCUUGGAAAACAAAUUAUCCAAAUUCAUAGGAUGUAGUGAUCGCAAUAUAAUAGCCAUAUCUAUGAAAACCAAAGUGCCAAAGGCUGGGCCUAAUAUAGUGUAUAAGAGGUCAUACAAUACGUUUUGUAGUGAUUCAUAUGUUGAUGAUGUAAAUAAUAUUUGCUGGUCUGUGGUGUGUAAUGAGGAGCAACCAGACGCUGCACUUGACACAUUUAUGAAACUGCUUAUUCCAGUUACUAAGAAGCACCCAUUAAGAAAAUGACUGUAAAAACUGUUAAAUCCCCUUGGAUUGAUGAGGGAUUGAAAAAUUGUAUGAUUGAGAGAGAUGACGAAAAAGGUAUGACAAUUAAGUCUGGCAGCCCAACUGAUUGGCAUAUGUACUGCAAAUUAAGAAAUCAUGUGACUAAACUAAAGGAGAAAAAAAAAGAAAAAUAAACUACACUAUGAAACAAAGAUAAAUUAGAUAAAGAAUGAUAGUAUAAAGCUUUGGGGCACCUUAAAUUAAUUUUUUUGGGGAAAAAGCCAACUCGGCUCCAUUCAUUGAAUCAGAUGGCUCACAAAGCCCACUGAUAUGUCAAACUACUUUAACCUGUCUGGCCCACUCCUCCCACAUUCCACUGAAAAGGCAGAGCGCGAAAUUCAAAAGAUAUUUUUUAGAAAUAUUUAACUUUCACACAUUAACAAGUCCAAUACAGCAAAUGAAAGAUACACAUCUUGUGAAUCCAGUCAACAUGUCCGAUUUUUUUAAUGUUUUACAGCGAAAACACCACAUAUAUUUAUGUUAGCUCACCACCAAAUACAAAAAAGGACAGACAUUUUUCACAGCACAGGUAGCAUGCACAAAGCCAACCUAACUAACCAAGAACCAACCAAACUAACCAACAAACAACUUCAUCAGAUGACAGUCUUAUAACAUGUUAUUCAAUAAAUCUAUGUUUUGUUCGAAAAAUGUGCAUAUUUCAGGUAUAAAUCAUAGUUUACAUUGCAGCUACAAUCAGAAAUUACACCGAAAGCAGCCAGAAUAAUUACAGACACCAACGUCAAAUACCUAAAUACUCAUCAUAAAAAAAUUCUGAAAAAUCGAUGGUUUACAGCAAAUUAAAGACAAACAUCUUGUGAAUCCAGCCAAUAUUUCCGAUUUUUUAAAAAGUGUUUUACAGCGAAAACACAAUAUAACAAUAUAACACUACCGCAUUCAUUCAUCAAGGCACGUUAGCGAUAGCAAUAGGCACGUUAGCGAUAGCAAUAGGCACGUUAGCGAUAGCAAUAGGCACGUUAGCGAUAGCAAUAGGCACGUUAGCGAUAGCAAUAGGCACGUUAGCGAUAGCAAUAGGCACGUUAGCGAUAGCAAAUAAACCAGCAAAAGAUAUAAUUUUUGACUAACCUUGAUAAGCUUCAUCAGAUGACAGUCCUAUAACAUCAGGUUAUACAUACACUUAUGUUUUGUUCGGAAAUGUGCAUAUUUAGAGCUGAAAUCAGUGGUUAUACAUUGUGCUAACGUAGCAAUCUUUUUCCCACAACGUCCGGAUCUUUUUCAGACACUUUUUCUGACACACAUAACUAUUCAUAAACAUAACUAAAAAAUACAUGUUGUAUAGGAAAUGAUAGAUACACUAGUUCUUAAUGCAAUCGGCGUGUUAGAAUUCAAAAAAAAAUUACGUCAGCUUAUCAGAAGGCAAAUCCAGGUCCCUCCUCGCGCUCUCCAGAAAACAGGAAACUGGUGUGUGUGGGUGUUAUGGUUAGAUAUGGGGCAUCGUGUGGGUGUUAUGGUUAGAUAUGGGGCAUCGUGUGGGUGUUAGGGUUAGGUGUGUGGGUGUUAGGGUUAGAUAUGGGGCAUCGUGUGGGUGUUAUUGUUAGAUAUGGGGCAUCGUGUGGGUGUUAGGGUUAGAUAUGGGGCAUCGUGUGGGUGUUAGGGUUAGAUAUGGGGCAUCGUGUGGGUGUUAUGGUUAGGUGUGUGGGUGUUAUGGUUAGAUAUGGGGCAUCGUGUGGGUGUUAGGGUUAGAUAUGGGGCAUCGUGUGGGUGUUAGGUAUACGUGAGCUGAGACCAUGUGCUGUUUUUUGUUGUGUGUGUCUUACUCAGGUGUCGUGCUCUUAGGUAGGUGUGUGUGUCUUACUCAGGUGUCGUGCUCUUAGGUAGGUGUGUGUGUUACUCAGGUGACGUGCUCUUAGGUAGGUGUGUGUGUCUUACUCAGGUGUCGUGCUCUUAGGUAGGUGUGUGUGUCUUACUCAGGUGUCGUGCUCUUAGGUAGGUGUGUGUGUGUUACUCAGGUGUCGUGCUCUUAGGUAGGUGUGUGUGUCUUACUCAGGUGUCGUGCUCUUAGGUAGGUGUGUGUGUUACUCAGGUGUCGUGCUCUUAGGUAGGUGUGUGUGUCUUACUCAGGUGUCGUGCUCUUAGGUAGGUGUGUGUGUCUUACUCAGGUGUCGUGCUCUUAGGUAGGUGUGUGUGUGUUACUCAGGUGUCGUGCUCUUAGGUAGGUGUGUGUGUGUUACUCAGGUGUCGUGCUCUUAGGUAGGUGUGUGUGUUACUCAGGUGUCGUGCUCUUAGGUAGGUGUGUGUGUCUUACUCAGGUGUCGUGCUCUUAGGUAGGUGUGUGUGUGUUACUCAGGUGUCGUGCUCUUAGGUAGGUGUGUGUGUCUUACUCAGGUGUCGUGCUCUUAGGUAGGUGUGUGUGUUACUCAGGUGUCGUGCUCUUAGGUAGGUGUGUGUGUCUUACUCAGGUGUCGUGCUCUUAGGUGCGUGUGUGUGUGUUACUCAGGUGUCGUGCUCUUAGGUAGGUGUGUGUGUCUUACUCAGGUGUCGUGCUCUUAGGUAGGUGUGUGUGUUACUCAGGUGUCGUGCUCUUAGGUAGGUGUGUGUGUCUUACUCAGGUGUCGUGCUCUUAGGUGCGUGUGUGUGUGUUACUCAGGUGUCGUGCUCUUAGGUAGGUGUGUGUGUGUUCUUGUGUGUCGUGCUCUUAGGUAGGUGUGUGUGUGUUCUUGUGUGUCGUGCUCUUAGGUAUGUGUGUGUGUGUUCAUUCGACAGAGCUGAUGAGAAGAGACAGGGUGGUUACAGGCAGGGAUUGCUCCACACAGACAGAGACAAAGAGAAUCAUCACACAGGUCAUGCUGGAUCUGAUUUAUCUAUCGAGUUCACAGAAAAAGAAAAACCUAAGAAAUGCAAUUAAAAUAAUUGAACUGACGUCGGCCAAUUUAGUUGUUUGAAAACCGAAAAUUACUGAAAUGUUGGAUAAUCGCUCAGCACGAGUGUUCAUAUUUGCAUAAGAUCAAACCAUCGAAGGAUCCUCUUCUGAUUGUACAACUGAGUACAAAAUGUUCCCAUGUAUUCACUCAACCAAUCUGUGAUCGCCAGCUGAACCAACAGCACAGAAGCUGAUCCAGAGUUACAAAGGAGUUUACAGUUAGAGCACAGUCACUGAACAUUGACUGUUGUUUUAAUAACGCUGCUAGCUCUGUAGAGCCCCUUUAUAUAGGAUAGAUCACUAUCUGAACAUUGACUGUUGUUUUAAUAGCGCUGCUAGCUCUGUAGAGCCCUUUUAUAUAGGAUAGAUCACUAUCUGAACAUUGACUGUUGUUUUAAUAACGCUGCUAGCUCUGUAGAGCCCUUUUAUAUAGGAUAGAUCACUAUCUGAACAUUGACUGUUGUUUUAAUAACGCUGCUCGCUCUGUAGAGCCCUUUUAUAUAGGAUAGAUCACUAUCUGAACAUUGACUGUUGUUUUAAUAACGCUGCUCGCUCUGUAGAGCCCUUUUAUAUAGGAUAGAUCACUAUCUGAACAUUGACUGUUGUUUUAAUAACGCUGCUCGCUCUGUAGAGCCCUUUUAUAUAGGAUAGAUCACUAUCUGAACAUUGACUGUUGUUUUAAUAACGCUGCUCGCUCUGUAGAGCCCUUUUAUAUAGGAUAGAUCACUAUCUGAACAUUGACUGUUGUUUUAAUAACGCUGCUAGCUCUGUAGAGCCCUUUUAUAUAGGAUAGAUCACUAUCUGAACAUUGACUGUUGUUUUAAUAACGCUGCUAGCUCUGCAGAGCCCUUUUAUAUAGGAUAGAUCACUAUCUGAACAUUGACUGAUGUUUUAAGGGCUGCUAGCACUGUAGAGCCCUGUCUAUAGCAUAUAUCAGUAACUGAACAUUGACUAUUGUUUUAAUAGAGAUUAACAUUGAUUGUGUCUGUUAGAGGUGAGGACAUGUCAGUUGUUCAGGACCUGCCCUUUAUAUUUGGAUCGAGGUUGUUAGGGUCUCUCGUUUGAUAAGGCUACAUGUAGGUGACUAACUCCUUAGCCUCGUUUCACUCUGCUCUAUUUCUGAUCCAUCUGUUCUGUGAUGACAGUUAGCAUUUCUACACAAACGUUUUUUUGUUUUUGUUGGGUGUUUUCAAACAGGACACUGUUUAUGGUUACACCUAUAGAGUCACAACUCUCACCUGUCGCUGCAGUGGAUCCCCUAUAGCCCUAACCCAAUAGGCGUCCUAUAGGCUGCCAUAUUAUUUAAAACAUCUAUUUUCACAUUCUGGUCUACUGUACCUGAACAGGUCUGACUUUCCCUUGUAUUAGUCAUUCAUUCUGCUCAUACAUGGUCUACAGUUGUUUUAGCAUUUUAGUGAGAAUGAAGAUGACAAAUGUUGAAGCUGACAAUAACUUUUUUUAAAUUUAAGAAACAAGAAGUAUUGGAGAAAGGAACCUGAUCGGUCCCGUGUGGCUCAGUUGGUAGAGCAUGGCGCUUGCAACGCCAGGGUUGUGGGUUCAAUUCCCACGGGGGGACCAGGGUUCAAUUCCCACGGGGGGACCAGGAUGAAUAUGUAUGAAUUUUCCAAUUUGUAAGUCGCUCUGGAUAAGAGUAUCUGCUAAAUUACUUAAAUGUAAAGGUUUCCUAAUGUUUUCCCAGUGAGAAGUCCUCAUCCUGUCCCGGGCUGCUUCCUGUGUUCUCUGUGUGUUUGAAUGGCAGUGUUUGUGACAGUUACAUAUGAAGCUAGGUCACAGGUGGGGGGUGUUGUCUCUCUCCGCCAAUGGCAUCAUUUCUGCAGUUGAGACAGGAGAUUCCCAGCUUAGCAGAGCGAGUCAGUCUCACUGUGCUUAUUCUCUGUUCCGUGUCGGUACAUGAGCAGGGCUGCUCCGGUUGCCACCUUGUAUCGCCCAGAGAACCGAAUUUCUAACAAUUCUGUUUGGAUAUUUUUUAACUUUUAUUAAACCGGACAUUUUCUACAUUUUGAAGUAUUGCCUUUUGGUGGUAAUGGACAAAAAAUAAUGAAUUCCCAAUUUUAUACAGUGGAGAUGGACGUUGGUGUUUGUCAACUGAGGAAUUUAUCUAUCUCUUUUCUGUCAUCUGUGCUUGCAAAAGAGACAACUCCAGUCAGGCUUGACAAUAGCUCUUCUGGUACCAGUUUGGUGGCCAUCGACAAUAAAAUCGAACAAGCAAUGGACCUGGUAAAGAGCCACCUGAUGUAUGCUGUGAGAGAGGAGGUAGAUGUGUUGAAGGAACAGAUUAAGGAGCUGGUAGAGAGGAACUCCCAGUUGGAGCAGGAGAACAGCCUCCUGAAAACCCUGGCCAGCCCAGAGCAGAUGGCUCAGUUCCAGGCUCAGGUCCAGCCCAGCUCUGGCUCCCCGACAGGGACAGGCUCCUCUAACCCCCAGCCUCAGCCCCUGCCGUCCUCACAGAGCUCUGGGACCUCUACAUAGCCCCCCUCCUCGGAGAGACGUACGCAGGGGGGGGGGACCUUUACUCUACUGUGAACUGACCUCAUGCGAAGAAACAAGAACCACUAUUGCUCAAUCAAGGAGAGACCGCUACAAAAAUAUAAACCAUGUUUUGCACAUUUAUUUAACUGACCAAAGACAAUGAUGGACACUUGUGUGUCAGGUGUUCUCUUAGCUUGGAAUGCUUCAGACGAUCGCCAUGGAGACCAGGGAGGAACAGAUGGACAGUUGUCAUGGAGAUGAAACAUCUCUACGGUGACUGUUGAAUUGUACCAUUGCUGCCAUUUCUUUACAUUUUCAUUUAGUUGUUUUUGUUGGAUUAUUACCAAUUAUAAUAUUAUUAUAAUUAUUAUUAUUACAGUUAUCUGUAUGAACCAUUAGAGAGGAGACCCCAUCUGGUAUCUGGGGCGUAGGGUGGAACAUACAGUGCAUUUGGAAAUAAAUUCAGACCACUUUAGUUUUUCCAAAUUUUGUUGCAUUACAGUCCAUUCUAAAAUUUUAUUAAAUCGUUUUUUUCCCACAUCAAUCUACACACAUUACCCCAUAAUGACUAAACAAAAACAGUUUUUUAGUAAUUUUGGGAAAUCUAUUAAAUAUAAAAAACGGAAAUAUGACAUUUACAUAAGUAUUCAGACCCUUUACUCAGUACUUUAUUGAAGCACCUCUGUCAGCGAUUACAGCCUCGAGUCUUCUUGGGUAUGACGCUACAAGCUUGGCUCACCUGUAUUUGGGGAGUUUCUUCUAUUCUUUGCAGAUCCUCUCAAGCUCUGUCAGGUUGGAUGGGGAGCGUCACUGCACAUCUAUUUUCAGGUCUCUCCAGAGAUGUUCGAUCGGGUUCAAGUCCGGACUCUGUCUGGACCACUCAAGGACAUUCGGAGACUUUUCCUGAAGCCACUCCUGCAUUGUCUUGGCUGUGUGCUUAGGGUCGUUGUCCUGUUGAAAGGUGAACCUUCGCCCCAGUCUGAGGUCCUGAGUGCUCUGGAGCAGGUUUUCAUCAAGGAUCUCAUUGUACGUUGCUCCGUUCAUCUUUCCCUCGAUCCUGACUAGUCUCCCAGUCCCUGCUGCUGAAAAACAUCCCCACAGCAUGAUGCUGCCACCACCAUGCUUCACCCUAGGGAUGGUUCCAGGUUUCCUCCAUACAUGAUGCUUGGCAUUCAGACCAAAGAGUUCAAUCUUGGUUUCAUCAGACCAGAGAAUCUUGUUCCUCUUGGUCUGAGAGUCUUUAGGUGGUUUUUGGCAAACUCCAAGCGGGCUGCAGAGAUGGUUGUCCUUCUGGAAGGUUCUCCCAUCUCCACAGAGGAACUCUAGAGCUCUGUCAGAGACCAUCUGGUUUUUAGUUACCUCCCUGACCAAGACACUUCUCCCCCGCCUGCUCAGUUUGGCCGGGCGGCCAGCUCUAGGAAGAGUGUUGGUGGUUCCAAACUUCUUCCAUUUAAUAAUGAUGGAGGCCACUGUGUUCUUGGGGACCUUCAAUGCUGCAGAAAUGUUUUGGUAUCCUUCUCCAGAUCUGUGACUCGACACAAUCCUGUCUCAGAGCUCUACGGACAAUUCCUUCAACCUCAUGGCUUGGCUUUUGCUCUGACAUGCACUGUCAACUGUGGGACCUUAUAUAGACAGGUGUGUGCCUUUCCAAAUCAUGUCCCAAACAAUUGAAUUUACCACAGGUGGACUCCAAUCAAGUUGUAGAAACAUCUCAAGGAUGAUCAAUGGAAACAGGAUGCACCUGAGCUCCAUUUUGUGUCUCGUAGCAACGGGUCUGAAUACUUAUGUAAAUAACAUAUUUCUUUUUUUGUUUUGUAAUAAAUUUGCUAAAAUUUCUAAAACCUGUUUUCGCUUUGUCAUUAUGGGGUAGUGUGUGUAGCUUCAGGAUUUCUUUAUUUUAUUGAAUCCAUUUUAGGAUAAGGCUGUAACAUAACAAAAUGUGAAUACAGUCGAGGGGUCUGAAUACUUUCAGAAUGCAACAGAAGAAUCACUUCUCACAGCUGUCUGUUCCAUAUGAGGGGUUAGGGUCUGGUGCAACAGAAGAAUCACUUCUCACAGCUGUCUGUUCCAUAUGAGGGGUUAGGGUUAGGGUCUGGUGCAACAGAAGAAUCACUAUUCUCACAGCUGUCUGUUCCAUAUGAGGGGUUAGGGUCUGGUGCAACAGAAGAAUCACUUCUCACAGCUGUCUGUUCCAUAUGAGGGGUUAGGGUCUGGUGCAACAGAAGAAUCACUAUUCUCACAGCUGUCUGUUCCAUAUGAGGGGUUAGGGUCUGGUGCAACAGAAGAAUCACUAUUCUCACAGCUGUCUGUUCCAUAUGAGGGGUUAGGGUUAGGGUCUGGUGCAACAGAAGAAUCACUAUUCUCACAGCUGUCUGUUCCAUAUGAGGGGUUAGGGUCUGGUGCAACAGAAGAAUCACUAUUCUCACAGCUGUCUGUUCCAUAUGAGGGGUUAGGGUCUGGUGCAACAGAAGAAUCACUAUUCUCACAGCUGUCUGUUCCAUAUGAGGGGUUAGGGUCUGGUGCAACAGAAGAAUCACUUCUCACAGCUGUCUGUUCCAUAUGAGGGGUUAGGGUUAGGGUCUGGUGCAACAGAAGAAUCACUUCUCACAGCUGUCUGUUCCAUAUGAGGGGUUAGGGUCUGGUGCAACAGAAGAAUCACUAUUCUCACAGCUGUCUGUUCCAUAUGAGGGGUUAGGGUCUGGUGCAACAGAAGAAUCACUAUUCUCACAGCUGUCUGUUCCAUAUGAGGGGUUAGGGUUAGGGUCUGGUGCAACAGAAGAAUCACUUCUGACAGCUGUCUGUUCCAUGUGAGGGGUUAGGGUUAGGGUCUGGUGCAACAGAAGAAUCACUAUUCUCACAGCUGUCUGUUCCAUAUGAGGGGUUAGGGUCUGGUGCAACAGAAGAAUCACUAUUCUCACAGCUGUCUGUUCCAUAUGAGGGGUUAGGGUCUGGUGUAACAGAAGAAUCACUAUUCUCACAGCUGUCUGUUCCAUAUGAGGGGUUAGGGUUAGGGUCUGGUGCAACAGAAGAAUCACUAUUCUCACAGCUGUCUGUUCCAUAUGAGGGGUUAGGGUUAGGGUCUGGUGCAACAGAAGAAUCACUAUUCUCACAGCUGUCUGUUCCAUAUGAGGGGUUAGGGUUAGGGUCUGGUGCAACAGAAGAAUCACUAUUCUCACAGCUGUCUGUUCCAUAUGAGGGGUUAGGGUUAGGGUCUGGUGCAACAGAAGAAUCACUAUUCUCACAGCUGUCUGUUCCAUAUGAGGGGUUAGGGUUAGGGUCUGGUGCAACAGAAGAAUCACUAUUCUCACAGCUGUCUGUUCCAUAUGAGGGGUUAGGGUUAGGGUCUGGUGCAACAGAAGAAUCACUAUUCUCACAGCUGUCUGUUCCAUAUGAGGGGUUAGGGUUAAGGUCUGGUGCAACAGAAGAAUCACUUCUCACAGCUGUCUGUUCCAUAUGAGGGGUUAGGGUCUGGUGCAACAGAAGAAUCACUUCUCACAGCUGUCUGUUCCAUAUGAGGGGUUAGGGUCUGGUGUAACAGAAGAAUCACUAUUCUCACAGCUGUCUGUUCCAUUUAAGGGGUUAGGGUCUGGUGCAACAGAAGAAUCACUAUUCUCACAGCUGUCUGUUCCAUAUGAGGGGUUAGGGUCUGGUGCAACAGAAGAAUCACUAUUCUCACAGCUGUCUGUUCCAUAUGAGGGGUUAGGGUCUGGUGCAACAGAAGAAUCACUAUUCUCACAGCUGUCUGUUCCAUAUGAGGGGUGAUGUGGUGUAACAGAACUUUAGAAGAAGCAGUGAUCGCUUUUUGAAACUCAUUGUUGCUCACAAUGCCGCCCCCCCUCUCUCCUCUCUCCUCCUCCCUCAGACGUAAUGAUGGAGGAGAUGUUGCUCCUCCUCUCUCCUCAGACGUAAUGAUGGAGGAGAUGUUGCUCCUCCUCUCUCCUCAGACGUAAUGAUGGAGGAGAUGUUGCUCCUCCUCUCUCCUCAGACGUAAUGAUGGAGGAGAUGUUGCUCCUCCUCUCUCCUCAGACGUAAUGAUGGAGGAGAUGUUGCUCCUCCUCUCUCCUCAGACGUAAUGAUGGAGGAGAUGUUGCUCCUCCUCUCUCCUCAGACGUAAUGAUGGAGGAGAUGUUGCUGCUCUGUUUUCGGAAAGUGGGCUGAUGAGAGUUUGUGUUUUUGGAAUUGGACUGUUUCUAGGUUUGUUCCGGAUACCAAUUCAACCUAUGUUCAGCAAACAGACUGUUUUACCCAGGCUGGACUGUGAUGUUACUGCUCAGAGCGGGAAGAGAAUAGCACUCCAGACUCUAUACAGACUGUUUUACCCAGGCUGGACUGUGAUGUUACUGCUCAGAGCGGGAUGAGAAUAGCACUCCAGACUCUAUACAGCCUGUUUUCCUCAGGCUGGACUGUGAUGUUACUGCUCAGAGCGGGAAGAGAAUAGCACUCCAGACUCUAUACAGACUGUUUUCCUCAGGCUGGACUGUGAUGUUACUGCUCAGAGCGGGAAGAGAAUAGCACUCCAGACUCUAUACAGACUGUUUUACCCAGGCUGGACUGUGAUGUUACUGCUCAGAGCGGGAAGAGAAUAGCACUCCAGACUCUAUACAGCCUGUUUUACCCAGGCUGGACUGUGAUGUUACUGCUCAGAGCGGGAAGAGAAUAGCACUCCAGACUCUAUACAGCCUGUUUUACCCAGGCUGGACUGUGAUGUUACUGCUCAGAGCGGGAAGAGAAUAGCACUCCAGACUCUAUACAGCCUGUUGCUAACCCUCACACUGACAGCCCCUUCAACUGCACUGUAUAUGAUUUACCUGUGCAGAAGAUGUUCACUUGCUCAAAUCAUUUAAACUAUUGGACAGUUUGAAAAAUAUAUAUAUGUAUUAUAAGGAAAUAAAAGCUAGUUUAAUAAAGAAAUGCUUUGGACAUUGAGCGGGAUAUAAGGAAAUAAAAGAUAGUUUUUUAAGGGUAAUGUGUAGAAAUACACUACCAGUCAAGUUUGGACCCACCUACUCAUUCCAGGGUUUUUAUUUUUACUCUUUGGACUGGGUCUGUUACCAAAUAGGUCUAUCUUCUGUAUACCACCAAUAUUUGUCACAACACAACUGAUUGGCUAAAAUGCAUUAAGAAGGAAAGAAAUUCCACAAAGUGCUCAGCAUAUGUGGGAACUCCUUCAAGACUGGUGGGAAAGCAUUCCAGGUGAAGCCAGUUGAGAGAAUGCCAAGAGUGUGCAAAGCUGUCAUCAAGGCAAAGGGGUGGCUACUUGGAAGAAUCUCAAAUAUAACAUAUUUUGAUCUGUUAAAAAAAAUGUUGCUUAAGACAUGGAAUCAUUCAUAGUUUUGAUGUCUUCACUAUUAUUCUACAAUCCUUGAAUGAGUAGGCGUGUCCAAACUUUUGACUGGUACUGUAUGUCAGGACAAUGUUUCUCAGCCCACAACAAAUGUGACGUUACAAUUGCACUAAACAGUUGCACUUCGACUUAAAUAAAAAUUGGAAAAAACUAAAUAUAAA